CGCCCCGCCCCGCUGCGCAUUGUGGGAUCAGUCAGCCGGCUGGUGGUGGAGGACAAGGCGUCGGGUCAUCGGCAUGCAGCAGAGCCCCGUCCUGCUAGCCUCCCUGGGGGUGGGGCUGCUCACGCUGCUCGGCCUGGCCGUGGGCACCUAUGUGGUUCGAAGGUCCCGCCGGCCCCGGGUCACUCUUCUGGACCCCAAUGAGAAGUAUCUGUUGCGACUGGUGGACAAGACGACUGUGAGCCACAACACCAAGAGGUUCCGCUUUGCCCUGCCCACCGCCCACCACAUCCUGGGGCUGCCUGUGGGCAAGCAUGUGUACCUCUCUGCACGAAUCGAUGGCAGCCUGGUCAUCAGGCCGUAUACACCUGUCACCAGUGAUGAAGACCGAGGCUAUGUGGAUCUUGUCAUCAAGAUCUAUUUGAAGGGAGUCCAUCCCAAAUUUCCUGAAGGAGGAAAGAUGUCUCAGUACCUGAACAGCCUGAAGAUUGGGGAUGUGGUGGAAUUUCGGGGACCAAGUGGAUUGCUCACUUACACUGGGAAAGGGAAUUUUCACAUUCAACCUAAUAAGAAAUCUCCACCAGAACCCCGAGUGGCAAAGAAACUGGGAAUGAUCGCAGGAGGGACAGGAAUCACCCCAAUGCUGCAGCUGAUCCGAGCCAUCCUGAAGGACCCUGAGGAUCCAACCCAGUGCUCUCUCCUCUUUGCCAACCAGACGGAAAAGGACAUCAUAUUGCGAGAGGACCUGGAGGAACUGCAGGCCCGGUACCCCAGUCGCUUCAAGCUCUGGCUCACCCUGGAUAAUCCCCCAGAAGGUUGGGACUACGGCAAGGGCUUUGUGACUGCUGAGAUGAUCCGGGAGCACCUGCCAGCGCCUGGCAAUGAUGUGCUGCUGCUGCUCUGUGGGCCGCCGCCGAUGGUGCAACUGGCCUGCCACCCCAACCUGGACAAGCUGGGUUACUCGCAGAAGAUGAGAUUUACCUACUGAGCAACCCUUGGCUUUACUGCGAGCGCUGCAGUGCCCUGAGCCCUCUAUGUCUUCCACAAGACUGAUCAGCUUUUUGAAUGUUUCUCCAGAACUGACGUCCAGAUGGGUGGUCCCUGCAGGCACAGCAUUCCCGUAGUAAUGGGCAAGGGCCAGGGUUGAGGGGUUCCCUGGAAUGCCCCACAAAUCUCCCAAUGAUUAAAGACCCAGUUGAGGCCUGCAGAGUCGGAAGGAAGGGAACCUGGACAUUUUUUCUAAGAUGGCCUGGAUCCUUGAUGGCAUCAUUCUCCUGACUUCUCCUGGUCUCUGAUAUAUUUCACUUAAUCGUCCUCUCACCCUCUAGUGCAGAGUCUGUAGAUGGGUAUGUGGGUCAAGUGCAAUGGCCUACAGAGAUUGUCUUCUGGAGAUGCCUUGAAAGAAGAAAAUGGUUUCUCCAUGCCCCUGGAUCUCCAGCAAAGGAGUUUCAAAGGCUUAUUAGUGUGCUUCUGUCCAGGCAAGAGGAAAGUGGCUGCUCAUCUUUGAAGAAGUUGGUUGUGGCGGGAACCUCUGGUUCUGCAAAUAAAUGGGGCUGAGGCCACGAGUAAUACCUUAA